CACCCAUCCACACAGAACUAGCGGGGCAAACUCCGAGCUACCGCAAAGGGGCGCCAUGGAGGGCGCUCUAGUGAGCGUAGCCGCGGGAGCAUUGAAGCCGGUGCUGGAAAAGCUGGCCACUCUGUUGGGGGACGAGUACAAGCGCUUGCGCCGGGUGCACGAAGGGAUAGAGUUCCUCACUCAGGAGCUUUCCUUCAUGGAAGCUUUUUUCGUCAAGAUGUCAACAGAGGAGGAUCCUGAUGUACAAGUAAAGCUCUGGAUGACGGAGGUGCGGGAGUUGUCCUAUGACAUCGAGGACAGCCUCGACGACUUCAUAGAACAUGCUCACGACAAAUCUUCCAAGCCUGGCUUCAUGAAGAAGAUCAAGAACUUGCUGGAUAGGACCAAGGCUACUCACAAAAUUGCCAAGGCCAUUGAAGAGUUGAAGAAGCAAAUCACCGAGGCGAGCGAGAGGCAUAAGAGGUACGCGAUUGGUGACUCCAUCUCCAAAGUCAACAAUGUAACCAUUGACCGCAGAGCUCUGGCUAUAUUUGAGGAUGUAUCAAAUCUUGUGGGUAUUGAUGGGCCAAAGAAUGAGCUUCUCCAGCUGUUCAAUCAAGAGAUCAGAUGUGAAUCAAGGCACCAACAACCCAAGAUGAUCUCUAUUGUUGGAUUUGGAGGACUAGGAAAGACUACUCUGGCUCGCCAAGUAUAUGAAGAGCUAAAAGAGCAUUUUGAUUGCCAUGCCUUUGUGUCAGUGUCACAACAUCCAAUCUUGAAGGAAGUAUUGGGAACUAUUUUCACAGAAUUAUGCAAAAGUCGAUCCAAACGUCGGAAAAACAAAGGUCAGAGCUUACCACUUUCAAGCAUUGAAGACGUACCACAACUUAUCAGUCGGAUCUUAGAUUUCCUGGCAGACACAAGGUAUUUUAUUGUAGUUGAUGAUAUAUGGAAUGAGGAAAUAUGGGAUGUUGUUAAGCUGGCAUUCCCAAGGAAUGGUUACGACUGUAGGAUAAUCACCACGACCCGUGUGAUUAAUGUUGCCCAAUCAUGCCGUUCAUCAUUCAACGGUCAUAUAUAUAACAUGGAUCCUCUUAGUAUGGUUCACUCAAGGCAAUUAUUUCACAAAAGACUAUUCAACUCAGAAGAAUGCCCAACGCACCUUGAAGAAGUUUCUAGUCAAAUAUUGAAAAAGUGUGCUGGUUUACCAUUGGCAGUCAUUGCUAUAUCUGGUUUGUUAUCUAACAAGGAAAAAACAAAAGAUCAGUGGUGUCAAGUCGAAAGUUCAAUUGGCCGUGGACUAGAAAGAAAUCCUACCAUUGAAGCCAUGCUAAAGAUAAUAUCAAUCAGCUACUUCGAUCUCCCUCCUCAUCUCAAAACCUGUUUAUUAUACCUUAGUAUAUUCCCAGAAGACUCUUUUAUUGAGAAGAAGAUGUUGAUAAGGAGAUGGAUUGCCGAGGGAUUUAUUCAGAAAAAACAUGGAUACACACACUAUGAAGCUGGAGAGAUGUGUUUUAAUGAGCUAGUAAAUAGGAGUUUGAUCCAACCUAGAUUGGAGAAAGAUAAAUGGGAUGAGGUGAUAGUUUGUCGAGUUCAUGACACAAUACUUGAGUUCAUUGUAUUCAAGUCCAUUGAAGAGAACUUUGUAACCAUAAUUGGUGUACCUGGUGUAAAUUCAGACCAACAUAAGAAGGUUCGUCGAUUGUCUGUACAAAAUAGUGGUGAGAUACCGGUGGGUCUAAAUUUAUCUGCUGCCCGGUCACUUAGUAUUUUUGGCAAUGAUGUGAAAGUCCCAUCUCUGUUGGAGUUCAAACACUUGCGUGUUUUGGGCUUUGAAUACUGCAAGCAAGUACAAGACCAUCAUCUUGCAGGUAUAGGAAAUUUGCAUCACCUGAAGUACUUGAGGCUCAAUCUAGUACAAAUUACAAAGGUUCCGGAAGAAAUAGGAAAACUACAGUAUUUAGAGACACUUGCCAUAAACUGUUUCUCACAAAAGGCUUUAGUUCCCUCGACCAUUUCUCAACAUGGACGGUUAGUCCAUUUCAUUGCUUACGGUUGCAUCAUGCCUGAUGAAAUUGGAGGAACCGAAGCAUUGGAAGUGUUUGAAACUUCUCUUGACCGUCACCAGUCAACAGUAUUUUUUGGGCGAGGACUUGGUGAUCUAACAAACCUAAGGAAGCUGCGGUUGGCUGUCAGCAGUUAUAAGGCUCAGAGAGAGCUGGCAUGCUCGCUCCGCAAGCUGGUGAAAGCAAACCUUCGCUUUCUAGCUAUUAGUCUUUCGGGAAAACUAAAUAACUUGGUAGAGGAAUUAAAUCUCCCUGCUGAAUGCAGCCUUCAGGAACUUUGGCUUUGGGGCCACUCGAUCUCAAAGGUGCCAAUAUGGAUAGGUUCACUUGUCAACCUCCAGAAAUUGAGCCUCAGGUUAUCAAGUCCCUGUCAGGAAGAUCUGGAGAUCCUGGGAGGCAUUCCCGAUCUGCGCUAUAUAUUUGUCCGUAAUGAACACUGUCCAUCCGCAGAGCAGCUUAAGGCUGCCAUGAAGGUUCUGAUGGAGGCACAUCCCAACCAUCCCACGCUUGUGUGGCAGCAAGAGUGGAGAUCCAUGGCGUAAACUUCACGCUGGAGUGAUUCAGAUAUAGUGCAGCAUGCAGUGGGGUGGCGAAAUGGAACACCAAGACGACUGGGGGAAGCCACCGAGCUGAAGUUCUAGUUGCGUCCCCAGAUUUGUAGCGCUUAUUUACAUUUAUCUGAAGCGAAAAAUGAGCUUGAAGUGCUACUAGACUACUGGCAAUGAUCAUUUGUGUUUUAUAUGAUGUUGCUCGUCGCUAUCUACUUGAGAACACGUUUGUGUAAUGUUUUAAAAUUUAAGUACAUGAACAUCACCGCU